ACCCUAACCUGUUUGGUUUGUUCUAGAAUGCUUUUGUAAUGUAGAGAUCAUUUUAAUAACAUUAAUAGUACAAGAGCUCGGAUUUUCAGUGAUUGACGUUUGUACAAACUAUUCUAAACCCUUACAGAGUAUUAUGUCUUUAGACAGGAUAGCCAGAUCUACACUUUCCACACAGUGACAACAUAAGAGUAGUUGCCAACUUUCUUGUUUUAUUUUAACAGUAUAAAAUAUCCCGUAAAACUAAAGUGAUUGAAAGAAAGACACACUUCCAGUGCUGUCAAAUAUUUCAGAUUCCCUUUGAUGUGUUAAACAACCAGUCAAAUAAUUGAAAGAAAGACACACUUCCAGUGCUGUCAAACAUUUCAGAUUCCCUUUGAUGUGUUAAACAACCAGUCAAAAGACAUUCCAUAUUCAAACUAGAGCUUACAAAAUACUUAUUCUCAAUUUGUACAGUAAUACCUCUUACAAAAUGUGAUAGAAUGCUUUCUGAGUGCAGGCAUCUGCGUCACAUGUUGAUGUUAAUACUGUAGGAAAGGAAAGUAAAAGGUUACAGCUAAGAAUUUGACAAAGUCACUGAACUGUUUAUUCCUAAGUAAAUGGAAAAGAAAAUAAACUGGAAAGAUCAGACAUCUGGACACAAACCUUGGCUCAAACUCAAGAGCAGCAGGAAGUUACACUUCUCACAAAAUAUUAAUAAAACAAGCCAAGAGCACAUGCUAGACCUGGAAAACAUUAAAUACAGACAGAAAAGCACAGCCUAGCAGCCAGAGUUACAAGUAUUUUAUAUACAAGUUUUAAUUAAAGAGGAGAUCUGGAACUCGUCAGCUUUCCUUAUCUUCACUCCCCAGUCUGGGAAGAAUCUGGAGCUCUGACGCAAGUUACCUUAGAUUCUACAAAAGGCACAGGAUUCCUGUGCUGCGAUUGCAACAGUCUCCAUUCCAAAGAUGUGUUGGACUCUGUGGAUUGUACUGGGCUUGUUCCCCCUUGUCGAUGGACACCCCAAACUCAAAACUCACCAGAACUCAUUGGAGGCUGCAGACACAGCUCUUAACCACCAGAACGGGUCCUUGAACAGUGUCCUUCAUUUGGAUGAUGGGGAGAAAGCAGCUCUGGAGCCAAAUCUGGUCGAUCCAGCUUUUCCAAUGAAGGAACUGAAUACAUCCUAUUAUCCUGCUGCCCGGGCAGCAAAGGUGGCACAGCACUAUCUGAAUUACCACCAUGGAAGCCCUUCUAAAUGGUUCAUGGUCCAUGCCAUUAAACAAGCCAGCUCAGAGGACAUUUCUGAAGUCGGAACCAAGUACCACAUACAAUUUUCUGUGCAAGAGCAAGCCACAAAAGAAAUUGUAGAAAACUGUUCUGCAGAAAUACUUUUCCGACAAACUGAAGUGCAAAGCGCUCCAGAGGUUAACUGCACAUGUAAUGAUCUAUUGAAGAUAAAGACAUCAGAUGCUGACCACGCUUUAUACCAUCACAUAAAACACCAGCCUGAUCCGAUGACCGGCACAGACAUACCAGACAGUCAAGGAAAUAUCCCUAAAGAAAUGAAGCCCCUCUGGUAUCUUGGGGGAAUUGGAGCCAGCUUUAUAAUGUGGCAACAGUCCAAUGAAUCAACGCUUUACAAUAUGGCACAUGUACACAGUGUAAAACAGUUGAACUCUGAGAAUGACCUGCUUGCCUUUGACUAUGUAGUCCUGCUUCAUGAGGUGGUAUCGCAGGAAAUGAUUCACUGGCACAUGCAGGUUGCUUGGAAUCCUACACAGGGAGUGACAGUUACACAGUGCCACUUACUGCCCAAAGGUACAAUGAAGCAACCAUUGGCAGAAAAACACAAGAUCUAGUUCAGCCAGCAGUUCAAUCCUCCACCUGCUUACAGCAAGAAGCAACAUCAGCUGAUAUAGUCAUAUAACCAUGCGUGAAGAAGUUUCACUUGUCACAUUUUCUUUCUAGUUAAUUAUACAAUGCUCUUCUGCUAUCCUUAGAUUUAGUCUAAUGUGUGAAAGCAAAGGGAACAGUGAAUAAAACAGAAGCUGUACUAGAAUUAAAGUUUUGUUAAAACACA